UCUUGCACCGAGCUCCUUCCCCCCCUCUCUGGAGAUGUUUUUUUUUCGUUGUUUGUUUGCUUUGGCUUGCCCGUUUUUAAUCUCUCAGCUCUGUUUAUAUGACUGAUCUUUUUAAAACGAGGAGCUUUCACUGUUAGUUUUAUGUGUAACUUUGUCAUGAGUCUGGUCGUUCUCCAGCCCGCUCUAUGAGGAGUUUGUGGGUGUUUUAAUGAUAACAGUGGGACACUAACACACGGCGCAUCUUGUGCACUCAGUCCGGUUGGCAGUAGUUUGUCUGGUCGCCAUGGUGUCCCUGGAGGCUCCUCUCCGGCGGCUCUGCGCUCUGGCGGCUGAGGAUGAGGAUGAAGGCUCUGUAUUGGAGCUGGCGCUCACGGCCGUCCACACGCUGCUCUACUCGCUGCUCUUCCUCUUCAUCUACUCACAGCUCUGGCUCAUCCUGCACUACGGACACAAGCGCCUCAGCUACCGGAGUGUGUUCCUGUUCCUGUGUCUGCUCUGGUCGGCCCUCAGGACCACGCUCUUCUCCUUCUACUUCAACAACAUGGCCCAGGCGAGCCGCCUGCAGCCGCUGCCCUUCUGGCUCUUCUUCUGCUGCCCCGUGUGCCUUCAGUUCUGCACCCUCUGCCUCCUCAACCUCUACUUCGCUCAGACGAUAUGUAAAGCCAAAGCGAAAUAUUCCCCGGAACUCAACAAAUACAAGACUCCCCUGAAGUUGGUCUUCUUGUUCAUCAGUGUCGUCUUCUUGGUGGUGAACAUUACAUGCUCUCUGAUGGUGCUGACCCAUAAGAACAUGGAUACUAGCAAUAUAAAACACAUAGUUCUGGCUCGCGUGCUAAUCAACGACAGCCUCUUCGUGCUUUGUGCCAUAUCACUCGCCACUUGCAUCUGUAAACUAGCCAAGAUGUCCUCUGCGAACGUUUAUUUGGAGUCUAAGGGGACAUCCGUGCGUCAGGCCACAGCCACUGGAGCAGCAGUUGUCCUACUCUACACAUCAAGAGCAUGUUAUAAUCUCAUUGUAUUGGCCGUAUGCCCCAAAGACUGGGCCACUCCAUUCAGCUUCGGCUGGUACAGCUUCUCCGACCAGGCUGAUGUAGAGAUUGGUGGGAAGGCCUACAUGGUGUUUGGGAUCAUCCUGUUUUUCUGGGAGUUUGUCCCCACCACCCUCCUCGUGGUGUUUUUCAGAGUUCAGCGGCCUAAUCAGAACCUGGCACCAGGUGGAAUGAUACACAGUCACAGUUUCAACUCCAGGGCGUAUUUCUUUGAUAAUCCAAGGCGCUAUGAUAGCGAUGAUGACCUGUCCAGAAGCAUCAGUUCCAGGGGUGAACGGGGAAGUAGUACAAUGUCUUCAACAUCUCAGCUAGGCGCAAGUUGGUACGGUUCCUUCCAGAAGACAGGCAGUUUCACGUUCACCACCCCCCAUACCUCCACUGCUCCACUUCUCCUCUCCUAUGGAAGCAUCCAGACCAGCCAGAACCACAACUACUACUCCACCCCGCAGGACUACUACAUCACACCACAGAACUGAACAACCAGCCUGGAGUCUUAAUUUGUCAGGCACGGACUAGACCGCUCUGUGGACCUUAACGGGACUGUUGCAGGAGAUGUGCAUGGUAAUCCUCCACAUAUUUUCAAAUGGAAAGAAAUGAUCUGGUAAGGUGGUUAGUUGGUGCUGCUGCUUCUCAUACUACUCCCAGUUCAGUACUUCACCAAGGAUUCAAUUAAUAUGUGGAUCAAUCAUGAUUCUUGUAGCGUCUCCCUAAUCUGCACAAUUCCCUAAUCUCCAAUGUUCAGCAUGGUCAUUUCCUGAAGUCCCUCUGCAUAGAUCACAAGACCCCUUAUAACCUUUCAGAAGCCUGCUCAUGGCACUGAGAAAUUCAGUGCGUAGUAUGGAAGUGUUCUCCUGGAUGGCCUGAAGGAAGAAGUCAACUACGGCCAAUUAGCAAAGACGGUAAAGAUGCUUGUUUGGUGCCAGAACAGAUGUGCGGAAUGAAGAUUCAGAUGUGUUUGUUGGUUGUUCUUGGAAAGGUCUAUUUUUAUGAAGUGUGAAUGAGUAUAUAGGUGUAUGUGAUUUAAUGGUACUAACACUACUAAGCAUAAAAUUCAACGUGGGUGCCAUUUUUAUGUUUUCUUUAGGGAUGCACUAAUCCAAUACCAAGCAUCACUGAUGGACCAGUGCUAGUGUGAAACACUGGCUUAGUAUUGGACCAUUUUUGGGAACAUUUGACUGAAUUAUCUUGCAUAGGGCUACGCAACACUUUCGUGAUGGACACCAGAGUUCAGAAAGACCAUUUCUGACAUUUUGAUCGAUAGGAUUUCAAAUUCCAAAGUCAUGUAAUGCUGUAUCAUAGCAAGUGAGGCUAAUUGGGCAAAACAAAGCCAGCCAGAAUGCAUCAUUAAUACAAGCUAGACUUACUGACCAUUGUUCAUUCAUGUAAUCCUCCAAUCCUGUGGAAGCAGCUGUCUGUUUCAGUAUGCACUGUAGCCUCAGAUUCUUGAUCUUGGCUGAACCCAAUGUGGUCUAUUGUUCAUCCACUUUAGGGUUCGAUAUGUGAUUUCAGAGAUGCUCUUCUGCUUAUGGUUGUAAAGAGUGGUUACUUGAGUUAAUGUAGACUUCCUGUUGGCUUGAACCAGUCUGGCUGUUCACAUCUGCUCUCGCUCAUUGACGAGGCAUUUCUGCUCUCAGAACUGCUGCGCACUGGGUUUUUUUUUUUUUUGGGGGGGGGGGUUGUUUUUUAAAUAAAUGGUUUAUAUAAACUAUUGAGGCUGCCAUUUGUGAAAAUCCUAGAUCAGCAGUAUCUGAAGUCCUCAAAGAAAUCUGGCAAAAAGAUCAUUUCUCCCCGUUCUGAUGUGUGAUAAGAACAUGAUUUUGUACAUUGUGCUGAAUGAGUAGUUGUACAGGUCUUCCUCUCUCCUGUGUCAUUGUCUGUCUGUAAAUUGACAGACUGACACCUUGAGGAAUGUUUCUGUAAGUUUACAUCAGUUUGCAUGAUAGGUUUGUGUUAAGUGAAUGCUGAUUGACAACACAGAGGAGACAGAUUGUCUUAAAGCACUUCUUGAACCAAAACACCAAAAUGCAAUGUUCUCGACCACAGCAACAGUACUUUUUUUUUCUCUCCUCCUCUUCUCUCUUUUCUUUUAAAAAUGGAAAGACAUUAUAUGGAUUGCUAUCUGGUGUCGGGUGAGAAUCAGGCUUCUGAUAUUAUCUAUUAUCAGUGUUGUAUAAAAAAUGGAUUGGUGCAUCCCUAAAUGGUGUGUGGGUGGGUUUUUUUUUUUUUUUUGGUAAAGCCUAAAAUUGUGCACAUAAUUUCAUAGGCAGCAUGCCAUAAUUCUGCAUUGUUGUUGGGGGGUUAAGUCAUUAUCAUAGCAUACUGAGCGUAAGCUCAGUAUGCUGUGAGAGACUGACUGACUGAGUUCUUUCACUGACGGUUUAUGAUUGACCCAAAAGCUUUUGCCUCAGUCAUGAGGAAAGGCUAUAUUAAAUCAGCCAGGGGCUUGUGUCCAAAGUUUGCUUCUUUUAAGACUUUUUGCAGUGGAGCUAGACAGCUAAUGUAGAUAAGUACUAGAAGUCCUUCAUGUGAGAAGGGGGAAAAAAUGCUGGUAUAGCUCCACCAUUUAGCUUUGAGAAGUGGGGCUUGGGUUUGUUUGUUUUUUUGCAUAAUUGGUAGUUGGCAUAAUUUUGUUAGUAAUAGAUCAGGCUUGCUUGCUCUUAAGUGAAAUGGUGCAAUUACACUGAGAAUUCCAUUUGGGCUUUCCAAAAUGGCCACCCAUCAUGCAAGGUAUAAAAAAAAAAUAAUAAUAAUAAUAAAUGGAGUACUGUUACCACCUCAGAAUUUUUAUUUCUAACAAUGUCCUGAUGUCUUUUCCUUUUAUACCACAGCAAUUUCCCAAUGAUUACAACUUAUUUAUUUAAUAAUGACAUAUUUAAUGUUUGAAAAACAGUUAGUUCCUAACAGCGAUUAGUCAUUUACCUUAUUGGUGUCUCUUGUUUUCAAGUUAUUAAGCCAAAAAAAUCUAGCAUGUUACCAUUCCCAAAAAUUUCAAAGCACAAGGUCCUCUGUCUUGGACUGUCCUGUGGAGGAAAAUGUAUUCACUGAGACAGGACACUCCUUCCAUAAAUGCAAAUCAGACAUCUCAAUUAACAUACACACAGAUUAAUCUUUAUCAGGUUUGUUGCAUCCAUGUGAAUUAGUUGUUACUAUAGAAACCAUACUGUGAGAGCUGCUGUUAUCUCACCAGUCAAAUUGAAGGAUUCAACAACGUUGUGGUAUAAGACAAUAUAACAUUUAGGUAGUAUUUUAGACCUGCUUUUGUUAGAUCCAUUGGCUUUAUAAUAUAGCAUCAGUGCAAAACUAAAGAAGCAGACGUUGCACACAAUGUUUUUAUGGCCUGACUACAGUUUACAUCAUGGGGAAGAUGGUGAACACUUAAUAAAUCUGAUUCAUUCCUAUGCCUUGUGUGUUUUUUGUUUUACUUGAAUUGUUUUAUGUGACUUGUUUGGGCACAAAAUAUCAACAAUCAGUAAGUGAAAGCAAUCAUGAUUGUAUUAAUCAUCUUUUUUUCCCUCUAUGAUGUAUCCUCUAUAAUAUUGCACAUGUGAUGGAUGUCUGUCUUUUACGGAUGUUUUUAACUUUUACAUUUUGGUUCUGCAGGGUUUGUCAGUGUUGGGUAAGAGUUUGUGUUUUGACUUGGUCUUCUGAGUUGUGAAGCAUCUGUUUGAAACACUUCUUUCCCCCCCCAAAAAAAAAAAAACAGAACACAGGUGAAAGGAUGCAGCUACAAUCCCCAGAAGAUUACACAGGAACGUUUUGUAAAAUGUCAGUUUACGUUUGCAAAAUGGGUCUGUUUAUGACUCCAUAACGUUGGCCAUAUCUGCUCUUUUCUGUUAAAAAUAUCAAGAGAGCCUGUAUUUCUUUUAAAAUGUUUUGUUCAGUGAAUGUAAUACCUUUAUCCAUUUUCAUAGUUUAAAAUGUGAGCACUACCAAGACAAAUCAAAUAAAGUU